AUGGCGGAUCAGUCGGAAAAGCCCGUCUGCGGUGGCGGCCAGGAGCCGGGAGAAUACGAUCUUCCUCUCCAUACCGUUGGACUCUUUCUCGUUUUGAUAGCGUCGGUUUUCGGGGCCGGAUUUCCCGUGGCUGCUAAGAAGAUUAGUUGGCUCAAGGUACCGUCAAAGGUGUUCUUCGCUUGCAAACAUUUCGGAACUGGCGUUCUAAUAGCAACUGCUUUUGUCCACCUGCUCCCCACUGCCUGGUUCAGCCUCUCGGAUCCAUGUCUUCCCGACUUCUUCAUCGAAGACUACCCGCCGCUACCAGGUGUCAUCAUGAUGACAUCCCUGUUCCUGCUGUUCAUGGUUGAGAUGUGGAUGAACAACAAGAUGGGCGGUCAUUCCCACGGCGGCGCUGCUGGUUUCGAACAUCACGAGCACCACGCCCCCGCUCCCGUCGGACCUACUCCCACGCCUCCGCGGCCGCCGCGGUUCCCCGGCCGAGACAGCUUCGAGGCUGACGAUAUCGCGUACGAGAAGAGGAUGGCCCAGAAGAUGUACGACGAGAAUGCUAGGUACCAGCAAGAAAACAACGUUCCCGAUGGCUCGGAGCUCGAAUUCCCCCCGUCAGAGAUGCCCCCCUGGUUUAUCGUGUUCUACGAGCAGUACGUCCGCCAGCGCCUCGAGCUAGUCAACAUGAUCAAGGCAUCGUCUGGCAACGCGCAGGCCGAGCCCCAGCAGGAAGUCGUCGUGGCCGAGAAGAGCAUGAUGGACGAGGAAGGACAGCCCGUCGAUCCUUUGGUGUACAAGAGGAUGUCCAUGAACAUUACCCUGCUCGAAGGAGGUAUCCUCUUCCACUCAGUUUUCGUCGGAAUGACGGUCUCGAUCACCAUCGAAGGCUUCGUGGUCCUACUCAUCGCGAUCCUCUUCCACCAGAUGUUUGAAGGUCUUGGUCUAGGCUCUCGUAUCGCCGCCGUGCCGUACCCCAAGGGCAGCAUCCGGCCGUGGCUGCUGGUGUUCGCAUUCGGAACCACCGCCCCCAUCGGGCAGGCUAUCGGUUUGGCCGCGCGCGGUAGCUACGACCCCAACAGCGCCUUCGGCCUCAUCAUCGUCGGUAUCUUCAACUCGAUUUCUUCUGGUCUCCUCAUCUAUGCAGCUCUGGUAGACUUGCUAGCCGAGGAUUUCCUGUCGGAGGAGUCGAGCCGAACAUUGACGGUGAAGGACAAGAAGAUCGCCUUCUGCUGGGUGCUUCUCGGAGCGAUCGGAAUGUCCAUCGUCGGCGCAUUCGCCUAAGUAGGCAUGUGCUCGGAUCGACUUUGGCGAACCGCAAGUCGGCCCGUGAAAUUAAAAAUUUAACGUCGGAAGUCGACAGAGCGAGGCGGCAAUAAUAAAGUCAGCGACUCAGUGUUUACAAGUUACGCACAGCAGACGGCGGGGAGGGGGGGUGAUAGAGGCAGGCAAAAAUGGCGGAGGACCGGAGCGUCCCGACAACUAGCUAUAUGCAUGGAAAGGCUCCCCUCCCUGUUAAUUACGCGAAAUAUUUUGCCCUACGUAUGCGUGGAAGAGUGUAGUGCUACAAAGACAGUCCUUACCGCGAGCCGACGAGACAUCGUCGUGCCGAAGCGCGCCCCCCCUUCUCUCUCCCUCGUCGCACGGUUAAGCAUCGGGGGACUCUCUGCUUGGCAAGGGGAGGUUCUGCUCGGCAUGGCGACAACGAAUGGGCCGUUCGACAUAUCUCUCUCGACAUGACGGGCCGGUGGUAUCGUCAUAUCCGCCCUAUUGUCGAGUGAAGGAAAAAGAAAGUCGAGUCAAGGGGCCCAGGGAGGGAGGGAGGAGAGCGGAAAGGAUGGAGAAAGAGGCCCGGAGGCUGUGGAUGAGGGGUGUGGUGGCUUCGAAAGAAGGCGCCCGCCCCCAGCGAGCGAAUGCUUUAUAUACGAACAUGAAAUCGCGCAGCUAGAA